CUGCAGAUCAGUGACAGGAGGAAGAAACCAGGAAGUGUAGUUGAGCAAACAGCAGGCAGAGAUCCAGCUAGCUUCACCCACAUCACCGCUCUGUUAAACCCUAACCCACUCUCUGUCAGCUCACCUAACAGUACAGCAACAUGCCUGAAAUACACUCACCACGAAUUCAAGCCAUUAACGCCAGUGCUAGUGAUGGACUGGAGGGGUUCAAGGCACAUGCUGUGUUCCAGGAAAUCAACAAGAAGCUCCAAGAGGAAGGGGAGCAGUUUGUGAAAAAGAUCGGUGGAGUGUUUGCCUUCAAAGUAAAGGACGGCCCAAAUGGACAGGAAGCGAUUUGGUAUGUGGACGUGAAGAACGGCAAAGGCUGUGUUCACAAUGACGCAGCUAAGAAAGCAGAUUGCACCAUUUCCAUGUCAGAUACAGACUUGUUGGCCUUGAUGACAGGGAAGAUGAACCCACAGACUGCGUUUUUCCAGGGCAAGCUGAAGAUCACAGGGAACAUGGGACUGGCCAUGAAGCUCCAGAGCCUGCAGCUACAGCCGGGCAAAGCCAAGCUGUAGACGAGACGCCGGAGCCAGCUGUGUAACUGCACCUCUCUGAACAAUGAACAGAGUUAACCACGAAGAAUUUAACAGCAAGUCUGAUUUCAGAUAAACGUUUAAGGUCCGUAAAGCUUCUCAUCACAGGACUGAACCACUUUCCCUACUAAGCGACCUCACUGACCGACCAGGGGAUUAGUCAGCAGCCCUGCCAAUAUAGCUGGAGAAUAAGAUAGAUGGACAGAUAAUUAAUUCUCUAAUCAAGUCCCUCUCAUGUUAUGCUGUCCGUACACUAGAGUAGAGACAAGUGCUCCCUACUUGGAUACUAAUUCACUGUAUGUCCAGUUUUCAAUAACUUCCCAUGUCUGUUUGCUAAAGAAAUCUUUCUUUGAGUGUCCGGAAAUGUUUUGAGUAGAGCAGAUUGAUGUAAUUUUCCACAAUCAUGCAUCUAAGUGCCUCCUCGUCUCAGACUUGCAGUUUGCUCUAAGGUUUUUAACCAACAUCAUUGAAAUGUUUUUCACUGUGGCCGCCCGACGAUUUAAAGGAAGGGGGUUGUAAUUUUCUGCUGUACUACUACCAUUGUUGUUUGAAUCUCUAACAGAUUUCUACUAAAUAAAUUUGCCGUAGCUGCAAUGUCCAU